AUGGCUUAUAUUGCCAGGUCAUACCGCCCUAAGGUCGUCCUAGCCUCGGAUUCGCUAAACGACUCAGACUUCCAAGUCCUAGACGUUAUAGAUCAAGAUCACCAGCUCUUACUGCCUCUUGAUUCGGUCUUUUGCGGGGACUUUAAUGCUUAUAACCCGUGGUGGGACCCCCUAUACGAGGCAUGUGACAAAGAAGGUAAUAUGCUAGCAGACUGGAUCGACUACCACGAUUUAGCCCUCUUAAAUACCCCUGAGGCCAACGAAUAUCGACCUUACACUAGCGCAUCGAUCCAUAGCCAAUCACAUUUAGGACUGGGCUAUAAUUGGACCAAAUUUAGGGAAAAACUUUUCUGCCAGCUGUCACCGCUCCAAAAUGAGCUACAGGCCUAUAGCUACAUUUUAAGCUCCAAUUCAAGCUUAAAAAGCUUAGAACAAAUCAACGCAAAACGCAGCUACGAAGCAACCCUAGACCGUCUGGACGAUAUGGCGGAACGUUAUACUAGCGCCAUUUUAUACGCUGCAUACGAUGCCAUACCCCAAAUCCGCGCCUGCAACAUAUACUUUCAGGCUAUCAAGACGGCUAAAAAGGAUCACUGGAACCAGUUUUUGGAAAAAGAGGAUUCUAAAUCGAUUUUUAAAGCCUUAGCCUAUAUGAAGUCAAGGCGGUUAGAGCUAGUCCUAAAUCUGAAGCUUUCUGCUACCUAUUUUACGCUCUUCCCUCCACCUCCCGAAACAGCUAGCCCGAAGUGGACGUUAUACACCGCCUUAGACCAGUGGCAAUGGCUAAAGCUAGCACCAGAUGAAGUGAAACAAGCCUGUUCUAGUGAAAUCAAAUCUACUAGCCCCGGCCUGGACUAUAUCACUCAGACCAUUAUUACCCACGCAUUUUCAGUAUGCCCUUCCCAGAUUUCACUCCUUUUUAAGACGCUAGUAAACACUAGCUAUCAUCCGAAGUGCUGGCGCCAAGCGAAUUGCGCUAUACUGCGUAAAAACAACAAACUAGACUAUAAGCAGCCUAGCGCCUAUCAACCUAUUUCACUCCUAAAUUGCCUAGGAAAAGUCAGCAAAAGGAUCCUAGCUAAGCGACUAGCUUACUUAGCCGAAACCACACUAAAUCUGCUGCAUCCUAGCCAAAUCAGUGGCCGACUUAAAAAGUCAGCUAUAGACGUAGGCGCUAUGCUAGCGGAUUAUAUCCAUAUAAAUCGGCUACAAAACAAAAUCACUAGUACGCUUCUACUAGACGUGAAAGGGGCAUAUAACCACAUGUCUAAGAACCGGCUACUUAUAAUUCUUAAGGAUUUAGCCUUUCCUGAUUUGGUUAUUAAGUGGGUCUUAUCCUUUAUAAGCAGGCGGUCACUUAAGCUUCUAUUUAACGGAUAA